GCUGGUAGCUGACGGCUCCCUGUAACUGCGUGUUCCUGGCGCAGACCUCUCCACUUCGCUGGCUCCUUGCCUUUGUCUCUGGAAGCAGCUGGACCCUUCAUUUAAUUGAAUUUUUAGUUAAUCAUACUGAGUUCACAUGGCAAGUGUCGGAGGCCUAAAGGAAGAGGGAACAGUACACAAGAUGAGGAAUGACGGCACGUUAUUACAGUCUCCAGCGUCUCCACAGCACAUGUCUCCAGCGUCUCCACAGCACAUGUCUCCAGCGUCUCCACAGCACAUGUCUCCAGCGUCUCCACAGCACAUGUCUCCAGCGUCUCCACAGCACAUGUCUCCAGUAUCUCUACAACACUCACAGCAGCUGCAAACUAGCGAAGAUUUUAAAAAUAAAAUUACUGUAGGUUUUAAUUGUCAUGGGCAGGACAUUGGAGAUCAAGUUAGACACACAGUUCCCCAACACCUCAAAGGCCAUGAUAACGAUGGAGCUUCGGGUGACGAAUUCCAAACUGGGAAUGGAGAUGAAAAAAAUAUUUUAGAAAAUAAUGAUUCCAGGUCAAAGUCUUUUAAAUAUGUAUCAAGCUUGGAUGAUGGUUGUAAAAAUAAUUUACCAGAUAUGCAAGACUUGGUUUCCAAGGAUCUGAUAGCCAAUGGACAGGAAGCUUUGUAUGAGGGUUGCCAGAGUUACCUGGAAGGUGUUGACAAAGGAGAUUGGACAGACAAGGAGGUUUGUCAAGAUAGAGAACUGAGGCAUUCUCAGAAGGACAAAUCGAGGUUUUGUCAAACUAAAGAUGCUGAAGUUGUUUCAGGCAGCAACUUAGAUGUCUGGUAUGAUGAUAAAGAGUGCUUAUUUGGAGACAGUAAGUGUGACCAGUCACUUCUUGGACAAUUUCCAGGGACUGAUGUAGAGUCAUCUUCGAUUGAUGUAGUAGGAUAUGGUGGCGGUUGCAGGAUGUGUAAAUCGGCGUUUAACGCCAGCAGUAAAUGCCCAAUAUCCCUGGUCUGCGGCCAUAUGAUCUGUUCUCCCUGUGUCCUGGACUUGACGGAAAGUUACACAUGCCCUGACUGCUUCACGAAGGUCAAAGAUUCCUGGUUAACUGAAGACAAUACUGAUAACCAGUCGGAGUUGGAAGUACAGGAAAUAUCCGAGAUAGAAGGAACUAUAACUGUUCCAUACUCGACCCCUCCUUUAGGGUCCAUGUCUUCUACCCCAAUACGUUCGACUGGUGAUGUCUCAACCUUACCAAUGGUUUCAACUCCCAGGGAGACAUUAGCACUCACUCCAACUCUUCCACCACAUGGCUCCAGCACCCUGACUCAACCCAUCAACGUUGCUGUUUUGAAGUUAACUACUCAUAAUCAGCUCACAGAAUGCGCCACUGGUGCUCCUGCACCGCCCAGGGAAAGCGCCGCUGGAGCUCCUGUGAAUCCCAGGGGGGAAGGCACUGAUACUAAAACACAGCCCACGGGGAGUAAAUCUGGGACACCUGAACAGCCCACGGGGCGUGCCAAUUAUAAUAUACCACCCGAGACGUGGGAUAUGUUCAAGCUAUGGAUCUUGCAGAAAGUCGAUGAAUACGGUUUUGAUGGUGAAGCAAUUUGGAAUAAUUUAAAUCAAUCUGAAAUGUUGAUGUUAGAUAGAUUGUUGUAUGGAAAGGAUGACGACGCAUAUCAAUCACAGAGGAAAGUUGCCCCUUCAACUAGGCCUGAAAACUCUCACACACACAUGAUUGACGGACCUGGAGGUGAAGAACCUUUGGUAACAUCACGUGUUCCUCUUCCAGGUUCACACGGGCAAUGCGGUGCCCCUUCUCCGGGUCCACAGGAGCGCAGCGUGGUCCCUUCUCCGGAUCCACUGGGGCAUGGCGUGGCCCCAUCUACGGAUCCACUGGGGAGUGGCAUGGCCCUUUCUCCAAGUCGACUGGGGCGCGGCGUGGCCCCUUCUCCAGGUCCAAAGGGGCAAGGCGUGGCCCCUUCUCUGGGUUCUCAGGGGCGCGGUGUGUCCCCUUGUCCGGGUCCACAGGGGCGUGGCGUGGCCCCUUCUCCGGGUCCACUGGGGCACGUCGUGGCCCCAUCUACGGGUCCACUGGGGCGUGGCGUGGCCCCAUCUACGGGUCCACUGGGGCGUGGCGUGGCCCCUUCUCCGGGUCCACCUGGGCGUGGCGUGGCCCCUUCUCCGGGUCCACCUGGGCGUGGCGUGGCCCCUUCUCCGGGUCCACCUGGGCGUGGCGUGGCCCCUUCUCCGGGUCCACCUGGGCGUGGCGUGGCUCCUUCUCCGGGUCCACCUGGGCGUGGCGUGGCCCCUUCUCCGGGUCCACCUGGGCGUGGCGUGGCCCCUUCUCCGGGUCCACCUGGGCUUGGCGUGGCUCCUUCUCCGGGUCCACAGGGGUGCGGCGUUACCCCUUCUCCAGGUCAACGGGGGUCCAACGUUGCCCUUGCACCUGAAUACGAACAAUAUGUUGAUCUAAGAGCUAAACAUAAGAGAGCUAUGUUAUUUCUACAUCAAAAUAAAAACACUGUUGUCCGAAUAGAGCGCGCGAAACUAGUGUCACACCUGGAUGACCUUCCACUUGCACUUGACUAUCUGGCUCAACAUCCAAACGCUUUAACCUUUUUAGCUCGGCAUAAAGCAUCUGAGUCACUUCAGUCUCGGCAUCCUCAGUCUUACUAUGUCCUUAUAAGAGUUUCGCAAGGUGAUAUUUUGGUACAGACUAGAGAGGGUGCUGCCUCUGUGGCUGGGCCUCCUCAGGAUGAAGCUGGCUCAAAUGAAACGGAGAGUAGGGUCCCUCCGCUUCCUUCAGCAGAACUAUUUAAGCAGGACGAACCAUGCGAGCCUCUACCUCGACCUCGACCCAGACGCUCAAAAAAAAGUGAUUCAUCUAUGCCCAAGAAUUCGUCCCUGGUGAAUGGAGUUGUGUGUGUCCACGAUGGCUUCCCAGUAUAUUUGCAUUGUUCUAACUGUCAACUGAUUAUUUGCAACACGUGCCAUAGAUCCCAAAAUAUUCAUCCACAAAGUUUAUUUCGUAUCUAUCCUGCCAGUCAGCCAAGUUAAAGUAAAUCCUCUCCCACAAGUGUCUCAACUACUCCCACCAGUUACUCCUCAAGUGACUACAGAAUUGACAGAAAGCGAAGCAUAUCAAAGCAGCAGGCAAUGCCAGAGUAACAAAUGACUAAUUGCUAACGAAAUCGAACAUUCCGCCGUAUGGAUGAAGCAACUUAAAUACCAACAUUGACAAAGGAAAACACAAAGUGCUCUUCAUAUGGUGGCAAGACGAUUUUACCAAGCUACCUAGUGCUGAACCAGGUGAUGUGCUUAGACAAGUUCAGUUGAAUAUACAGACAACGUAUUUUCAAUGAAUCACUUUCUACAAUUUGUUAUUUACUGAAAAUCUGGGUAAUGUGCCUGGCAGUGUCUUGCUGGAGGUGGGAUGUUCCAUUGUGUUGUUCUUGUUGGGAAACAUUUUCAUCCCGGAUUAUUAAAUAUCUGCAAGCAGGGAGUAAGCUUUGGGUCUUAGUCUGUUUUUACUCUAGAUUUUAUUUUAUUUUAGACAAAUUGAAAUGCUGAUUUUAAUAUCGAUCAAUAAUUAUAUUAAAAUGGUUUUAGCUGAACAAAAUUAAGUGUUUUUGCAAAUAUAUUGAAUUUUAGCUAAUAAUAUUUUGACACCUAGUGUCAAAAUAUGCUGCUGCUGCUAUAGGAAUAGCUUGCAGAACGCUAAAAUGAGCAUCGGCAGCUGACUGGUUAUACAAUGGGGCCUAGCAAGGUCCCCAUUGUAUUUGUAAUAGUAUACCACGUUUCCCUUUUUGGAGAAGGUUGUAUUGUUUAUUGGGGCUGUUGUUAAGCAUUAAAUCAGCCGUUCUUUUUUAAUGUAAUAUUAUUAUUAAUAUUAAAAAAUAAUUAACUCAAGAACAGCCCCAAUAAAGUAUUGAACCUGUAGAUCAU